UGUGACAAUACCAUUGGAUGACAAUUCCAUAAAGUUGGUCAUGCUGACACUUAUCUGCUCAUCCUACAGUACUUCCAGAAACAGACUUCACCUCUUUAAGGAUUAUCUCAGCACUGUGGAGUAAAAAGAAAAUGCCUUGGCCCUUCCUUCCAGAGUUUUCUUUCCACUGAAUGUAAAAAGAAAAUUCCAUAUUCCACCAACCUAAUGCAGGACAGAGAGAUGAGAAAUACAUCUCCAUCACAUCACUUUUAUCUCCAGUGAAAUUAGGUUCUUUGAAGCUGACAACAAGGCAUUACUUGGAGACAGCUAUCACCCUUGGCAUUCAUGCUUUUGAGCUCUGGGUAAAAAGCAGAGGAAAACAUCCCCUUUCUGAAUAUUAUCAUUGUUGUUUUAUUGCUCUAAACAAUGGUGUACUGAUGCCUUAGGUAUGUUGAUCUUACUUACAAGAAAACUGGUCUGGACAUUACAAAAAAUUCAGUAUCAAUAAAAUACAGGGGAUUAUUUUAGAACAAAGAGAGGUAACACCCAACAGAAUCAUGAAACUUGGUUAAAAAACAAAUUUUCUAAGACACUGCUUAUAACAAGUGGUUAAGAAAAUAAGUGCGUUUGUAAAAGGAACUCAAGAGUAAAUAUGAAUUCUUGUUUAAAUUGAAGAAAAUCAGGGAAGAUAAUGGAAGUGUAAUUAAUAAAAUUUCAUAGGGACUGGAUUUUAGAUAAUAUUAUGGAAUUACUGUUACUUCAGUACAUUGGGAGACCCUAUUUGAAAAUAUUCCGUUUAGACUGCCAUCAGUCUGAAAUAAAGGAGUGGGAUUUCCUUAAUGUUUUGGAGAAAAUAAACACUCAGAAAAGACGCGGGGUGGCGCUGCAGCAUUAGAAGUAGAAGGAAGAAAGCUACCAGCCUGCGCUCCUUCAGCCAGAUGCUUGUUUAAAGGAGCAAGCAGGAAGGGGGCUUUCUAAGGCUGUCGCUCGGGGAAAUCAAGGCCCUAGGCAUCUCCACUUAUCCCAGUAACUGCGUGAUACUGGGAGGUAGAUCAACGACAACGUGAGCCCGAGCUGAGUCAGGUUUCCUGGAGACCAGAAAGCGAUGGAGGUCGGAGAGAGAAAGGAACGCUUUCUGAAACAAAGGCAAGUCUUGAUAUUCUUUGUUUUCCUGGGCAUAACUCAGGCUGGUUCUGAGCCUAGGCACUAUUCAGUGGCUGAGGAAACGGAGAGUGGCUCCUUUGUGGCCAAUCUGUUGAAAGACCUGGGACUGGAGAUAGACGAUCUAGCUGCGCGGGCGCCCCGGGUCAUUUCCAAAGGGAAAAAAAUGCGUUUGCAUUUUGAUAGGCAGACAGGGGAUUUGUUGUUAAAUGAAAAACUGGACCGAGAGGAGCUCUGCGGCCCUAUCGAGCCCUGUGUACUACCUUUCCAAAUGUUACUGGAAAAUCCCUUACAGUUUUUCCAGGCUGAGAUACGGAUUAGGGACAUAAAUGAUCAUUCCCCAGUUUUCCUAGACAAAGAAAUAGUUUUGAAAAUUUCAGAAAGUAUUACUCCCGGAACUACUUUUCUAAUAGAACGUGCCCAGGACUUAGACGUAGGAAGCAACAGUCUCCAAAGUUACACAGUCAGCCCUAAUUCCCACUUCCAUCUUAAAUUACAAGAGAGUCCCAGCGGCACAGUAUUACCACAGCUGGUGCUGAACAAAGCACUGGAUAGAGAGGAACAGCCUGAGAUAAGAUUAAUCCUCACAGCACUGGAUGGGGGUACUCCACCCAGGUCUGGGACCACCAUUGUCCGCAUUGAAGUCUUGGACAUCAAUGAUAAUGCCCCCGAGUUUGCAAAGCUGCUCUAUGAGGUGCAAGUCCUAGAAAAUAGCCCCAUUGGCUACCAGGUCGCCAUCGUCACUGCCAGAGAUUUAGAUACUGGAGCCUAUGGAGAAAUAUCUUAUGUAUUUUCCCAAGCAUCUGAAGAUAUUCGCAAAACAUUUCGAAUAAAUGAAAAAUCGGGAGAACUCCUUUUAACACAGGAAUUAGAUUUUGAAUCUAUUCAGAAUUAUACAUUAAAUAUCCAGGCGACAGAUGGUGGGGGCCUUUCUGGAAGUUGUGUGGUAUUUGUCCAAGUGAUGGAUUUAAAUGAUAACCCUCCGGAACUGACUAUGUCAACACUUAUCAAUGAGAUCCCAGAAAACCUGCAGGAGACCAUAAUCGCUGUAUUCAGUGUUUCAGAUCCUGAUUCAGGAGACAAUGGAAGGAUGGUUUGCUCCAUCCAAGAUGAUCUUCCUUUCAUUCUUAAACCUUCUGUUGAGAAUUUUUACACGCUAGUAACAAACAGAGCCCUAGACCGAGAGACAAGAUCCGAAUAUAACAUCACCAUCACCGUCACAGAUAUGGGGACUCCUAGCUCGAGACGCUACUCUGUGGCUGAGGAAAAAGAGAGGGGCUUUUUAAUAGCCAAUCUAGCAAAAGAUCUGGGGCUGAGUGCAGAGGAACUGGCCGCAAGGGGGGCCCAAAUUGUGUCUAAAGGGAACAAACACCAUUUUCAGCUCAACCAUCAGACCGGGGAUUUGCUCCUGCUGGAGACAUUGGACCGGGAGGAGCUAUGCGGCCCCACAGAGCCAUGUGUACUGCAUUUUCAGAUAUUACUGCAAAACCCUUUGCUGUUUAUUACAAAUGAACUCCAGGUCAUAGACGUAAAUGACCACUCUCCUGUAUUCUCUGAAAAUGAAAUGCAGCUAAAAAUCCUAGAAAACACUCCACCGGGAACAAUAAUUCCUUUGGAAAAUGCGGAGGACUUGGAUGUGGGAAAAAACAGCCUCCAAAACUACACGAUUACUCCUAAUUCCCAUUUCCACGUUCUCACACGCAGUCGCAGGGACAAAAGGAAGUACCCAGAACUAGUGCUGGACAAAGUGCUGGAUCGUGAAGAGCAGCCAGAGCUCACUUUAACGCUCACUGCGCUGGACGGCGGGACUCCACCCAGAUCUGGGACCGUCCAGAUCCACAUCUUGGUCUUAGACAUAAACGACAACGCCCCAGAAUUUACACAGUCGCUCUAUGAGGUUCAAAUUCUAGAGAACAGCCCCCUUAACUCCGUUAUUGUCACUGUUUCGGCUUCUGAUUUAGAUACAGGAAUUUUUGGGACAAUAUCAUAUGCAUUUUUUCAUGCUUCUGAAGAAAUUCGAAAAACUUUUCAACUAAAUUCAAUUACUGGAGAUAUCCAGCUAACCAAAUACUUGAAUUUCGAGGCGAUUAAUACUUAUGAAGUUGACGUUGAAGCCAAGGAUGGUGGAGGCCUUUCAGGAAAAUCAACAGUGAUAGUUCAGGUGGUUGAUGUGAACGACAACCCACCAGAACUGAGCUUGUCCUCAAUUACCAGCCCUAUCCCAGAGAACUCGCCAGAGACUGUGGUGGCCAUUUUCAGUGUUUCUGAUCUAGACUCAGGAGACAAUGGGAGAAUGAUAUGUUCCAUCGAGAAUGAUCUCCCCUUUGGGGCGGCGCGGGCGGGUCGCUGCUCGGUGCCCGAGGGCCCCUUCCCGGGCCACCUGGUGGACGUCAGCGGCACCGGGACCCUGUCCCACAGCUACCAGUACCAGGUUUGCGUGACGGGAGACCAUAGAGCUGGUGAGUUCAAAUUCCUGAAGCCAAUAUUCCCCAACCUCUUAGUUCAGGACACUGAGAGAGAAAUUAAAGAAAGCUCCAACUGCAGGAAUAGUUUUGUAUUUAGUUAAGUGUUGUAUUUGGUCAAGUGAGCCUCUCCUUAAUUUUGGCAAGUCUAACUCCCAUUGCAGUACCUUUGUUUUAAGAAAUUGUAGAGGGGGAGGGUAUAACCCAGUGGCGGAGUGUGUGUUUAGCAUGCAUGAGGUCCUUGGUUCCAUCCCCAGUACCUCUACCAAAAAUAAAUAAAUAAACCUAAUUACCUCCCCAAAUUAAAAAAAAUUUAAAGAAAUUGUUGCAUAAAUAUGUAUGUCUCUAUUCCAUACUUACAUAUGUCUCUGUACUUAAUCUUCCUUUUAUUAAUAUUCAUUGGAUUUAGCAUGUUUAAUUACACUGGAUAUUGAGUAUUUUCUCCAUAUUUGACCUUCUCUUGGUGAUUAAUCUUUCCAUAACUAGAAAUUACUCAAUUAGUAUAAGAAGAAAUCGUACUUAAGUCAACUCAUUAGUUAAUGUGUUUUUAAUGAAACAUUUUAAAGCUUUUGUGUAAUCUUGCAUUUCUAUGUGUUUUUGGUGCUUGUCUUUACCAUAUAGCUUUACAUUUGCAAGGCCAGAGUAUUUGAAAUUCUUUGUAGCUACCUAGACCUUUCUUGUUUACUGUUCUAGGCUAUGCCCCCUGAAUAUGAGCAUAUAACUUAGCGUGACAGUUUCUCUCAAACUGUACAUAAACAUGCACUUUAUUAAAUUAUUAAUACACUACCUUGUGAACUUUUCCAAUAUGAGAACCAUAUAUGCUAGAUUAUCUUAUUUGUUUGCUACUUACCUAGCACAUUGUAACUGCUCCAUACUCACUGAUAUUAAAAUAAAAUAAUUAUCAUUUAUAAAUAAUAAUUUUAAAAAAUUUUAUAUAAUUUGAUAUUACUUCACUAAAAUAAAAGUAAGUCACUGCUUGGUAAAAUACUUUUUAAAAAAUCUUAGAACCUUAAGUAAACUAAAUCUUUUCAAAGGAUUCAAGAGGUAGAGAGCAUCCUAUACUUUUUUGUCCUCCUUUUUGCCCUAUUAAUAGAAGUUCAAAUGUGGUUUAAUGUAUAUGUUUUUCUUGAUUUUCCUGAAGCUUCUCUGCACUGUCCAAGGAGUCAGAAUUUCUUCUUAGUUUUGGUUAUUCUGUUUUAGUCUGAUUAUUGAGUGAUAUUAGAUUUUCACUUUAAGUUACUUUGCAAACAGGCAACUUUUAUCAAUAAAAUGAUGAUUUAUUUUUGAUGCCCAAAUUAUCUUGUUUUGUCAAUGUAACUUUUGGGUAUUUUGCAUAAAUUUACUUUUUCAAUUAUGCUUAUCUUUCAAUAGUAAGAGAUAAGUAUUGUUUUUUUCCUUUAAGACAAUAAGAAUAGAAAUAGAAAUUAAGAAAUAAACUUAUCUGAAUUAUAA